UUUGGCGGGCGAAUUUUAUUUUUGUAUUCUCAUUGAUUACAAAUCCGUAAUAAAUAUCAAGGAAUUCUAUUGUUUAUGUUAUAUUUAUAAGUUAUUCAUUAUGGGCGAUUUGCAACAAGUACGUGUGGAAGUUAAUAAUGCAUUUAAACUCAGUGGAUUUACAAUUCGAAGAGAAGCGAGCACUUUUGUUGCAGAACAACUAGUUACUCUCACACCGCAGGAGCGACAGAAAAUGAUCGACAAACUUACAGCACAUCUUUUACACCAAUGUCUUUCACAACCUGUUUUAGAAAGACAACAUUUAGAAGUAGCCUAUAAAGAAUGUUUAUCCUUAGGUUUAGAAGAAAGUGAGACUGUACUAAAUGUUAUUGAUGCAUUUGAUAUCCCAAAAUUGUCUUAUGAUAAUGAAAGAAAGAAAUUCUCAAAAGAUGUCGGUUCAAAAAACAAUUUGUACCCUGAACCUAAAUGGAAAGCGCAAAUGUUAAUUGACAGAUAUACCAUAAUAUGGCAAAGAACUAUAAGAAAUAAGUUAUUUGCUAAAGAAACGUUGCCAUCUAUAGAAAGUGAGAAUCGUUUUCAAUUACGUAAAAUCGAAGUAUUACUAAGUUCAUCAAGUAGAAUCAAUGAUGUUAUUGUGCUGGGUUUUCUAACACAGUUAACUGAAGGAAAGUUUUACCUAGAAGAUCCUACAGGCAGUAUAUUACUCGAUAUGAGUCAAACAAGGUAUCAUUCUGGAUUGUUCACGGAAAGCAGUUUUGUUUUAGCAGAAGGUUAUUACGAUGAUAAAGUUCUACAUGUUAUGGGGCUUGUUUUACCUCCUUCUGAAAGUAGAGCAACAUCAUUACCUUAUUUCGGUAGUUUAAACACAUUUGGUGGUAAAUCGAAAACUUUAUUGAAGAAUUCACAGAAUUUAUUAAAAUUAGAACAAGAAAAUGAAGAUGGAAUGCUUGUAUUCUUAUCAGAUGUUUGGUUUGAUAAUCUUAAAGUUAUAGCUAAGUUGAAAAUGUUAUUUACUGGAUACAAUGACUUUCCUCCGAUAGCUAUUGUGUUUAUGGGUGAAUUUUUAUCAUGUCCCUAUGGUUCUGAACAUAGUAUACAGCUUAAAGCCGCCUUAAAUAACUUGGCUGAUGUCUUACUUCCUUUCACAAAAUUACGAGAGACAUGUAAAUUUAUAUUCGUACCUGGUAGAAGCGAUCCUGCGGCAGCCAAUAUUUUACCAAGGCCACCAAUUCCUAACUCAAUAACAAAAGAAAUCAGACAAAAACUAGGCGAUUCAGUCAUAUUUACAACAAACCCGUGCCGAAUUCAGUAUUGUACGCAAGAAAUUGUCAUAUUCAGACAGGAUUUGGUAACAAAAAUGUGUAGAAAUUCAAUACACUUCCCUGAAACUGGGGACAUACCUGAUCAUUUGACGAAAACUUUGUUAAGCCAGUGUACAUUGUCACCUUUAUCGUUGGCUAUACAACCUCUUUAUUGGAAGCAUGCGGAUGCCUUAAGUUUAUACCCAAUGCCGGAUUUAAUUGUUGUUGCUGAUCAUUUUCAACCAUAUACAAGGUCUUAUCAGAACUGUCAGUUGGUUAAUCCUGGAUCUUUUCCGAGAACUGAAUAUUCAUUUAAAGUGUAUGUACCUUUUACUAAGGCUGUUGAAGAUUCUCAAAUACCUAAAGAAGAUUCAUAAACUAUUUCUUUAAUUGAAUUAUUUACAUCAUGAAAGGACAUGUUAUUACUACCUUAAAAAUUAGGUUCUCUAAUUUCUGCAAAAUUAAGAACUUACAAACUGGCAUUUUACUGUUUAAAUAUUUUUUAACUAUUUUGCCUGAAACUUUUUUUUCAUAUUUGUGUCAUAAAAAUGUUGUUACUUAAUACUUGUAUAAUAAAUGCAAAGGCUAAACAGCUGAACGGAUCUCAGUGAAAGGCAUAAAUAUUGAGAAUAGUCUGGGAGUUUGCUUUUCUUUCACGCGGUAGCAAGCUAAAUCUUACCUCAUACUAUAAAUGCAAAAGUUUAGAGUUUGUAGCCUAAACGGCUGAACGGAACUCUAUGAAAUUUGGCAUAGACGUAAAGA